UUUUUUUAUCAGCCUGAGGAAGCCACUCUUAUUGACUUUCACAUGGCUGGAAUCAAUCAACACAUCUUCAUAUAUAUAUAUACAAAGAUCAAGAAGAGGAUCAAAUACUUCAAUCAAGCAUACCAGUUUCCUUCCCAUUUCAAUUAAUUCAGUUAUUAUAACAAACCCAUUAUUUUAUACCUGACGAUAGGAGAUAGGAGAUAGGAAUUGAAGACAUGGUUGAGCUUUGUCAAAUUGUGACAAGGUUGUUGUCUGUGUGCCUCCUUGUUGUUUGCCUAGUGAUCAGUGUUCCAUCUGCAGAGGCCAGUAGAGUUCGGCAUUUCAAAUGGGAGGUAAAGCAUGAGUUCAAGUCUCCAGAUUGCUAUAACAAACUGGUCAUCACCAUUAAUGGGAAGUCCCCAGGUCCAACAAUCUUGGCUCAACAAAACGAUACUGUCAUUGUAGAGCUCAAGAACAGUUUAGAAACUGAAAAUGUCGCCAUCCAUUGGCAUGGUAUUCGACAGAUUGGAUCACCUUGGUCUGACGGAACAGAAGGGAUAACUCAGUGUCCGAUUUUACCAGGAGACACCUUUGUCUACAAAUUUGUUGUGGAUAGGCCUGGGACGUAUAUGUACCACGCACAUUAUGGAAUGCAAAGAACAGGUGGGCUGUAUGGAUCCAUCCGCGUAGCACUUCCUGACGGCGAAUCAGAGCCCUUUUCCUACGAUUAUGAUCGGAGCAUCAUCCUCAACGAUUGGUACCACAAAAGCACAUUUGAACAAGCUGCUGGACUAUCUUCAAUACCCUUUGUUUGGGUUGGGGAGCCUCAGUCACUUCUGAUACAAGGAAAAGGACAGUUCGAUUGCUCUACUCCUGGUAUACAAGCCAGUCUUUGUAAUGCUACAAAUCCUGAAUGCUCUCCUUAUGUUCUCAGGGUUAUUCCUGGAAAAACAUACCGACUACGGAUUGGUAGCUUGACUGCUUUAGCAGCCCUCAGUUUUGAAAUAGAGGGUCAUAAUAUGACCGUCGUUGAGGCAGAUGGGCACUAUGUUGAGCCAUUUGUAGUGAAAAAUUUAUUUAUCUAUUCUGGUGAGACAUACUCUGUUUUAAUAAAAGCCGAUCAAGACCCUUCAAGAAAUUACUGGGCAAGUUCAAAAGUGGUUAGCCGGAAUAGCACAACUCCAAAUGGUUUAGCCAUUCUCAAUUACUAUCCGAACCAUCCUAAAAGAUCUCCCCCAACAGUUCCACCCACUGGCCCUCUUUGGAACGAUGUAGAAGCCAGGGUCAAUCAAAGCGUAAAGAUCAAGGCCCGACAAGGUUACAUCCUACCUCCUCCCCAAACAUCAGACAGAGUAAUUGUGAUGCUCAACACUCAAAAUACCAUCAAUGGCCACGUACGCUGGUCCAUCAACAAUGUCUCCUUCAACUUUCCCCAUACCCCAUAUCUGAUUGCCCUCAAGCAAAAUUUAAAGCACGCAUUCAACCAAAAUUCUCUUUCGGAUGGUAACGACUUUGCCAACUACGACAUUUACAGUGUAGCCAACAAUACAAAUGCCACUUCAAGUGACUCCAUCUAUAGGCUGAAAUUCAAUUCAACAGUGGACAUUAUACUUCAAAAUGCCAAUACAAUGACCAAGAACAACAGCGAGACACAUCCUUGGCAUCUACACGGGCACGAUUUUUGGGUCAUGGGUUACGGGACAGGCAAGUUCAACAUGUCUACGGAUCCAAAAAAGUACAAUUUGGUUAAUCCAAUCAUGAAGAAUACAGUGGCUGUGCAGCCUUAUGGAUGGACAGCUUUGAGGUUCCGGGCAGAUAAUCCUGGUGUGUGGGCAUUCCAUUGCCACAUAGAGUCUCACUUCUAUAUGGGAAUGGGGCUGGCUUUUGAAGAAGGGAUAGACAAAGUGGGACGAUUGCCAUCAUCUAUUAUGGGUUGUGGUGAAACCAAAAGCCUUCCUCCAUAGGCCAUAGUUCCUUUCACAAAACCCUUGACACAUUUUUUUUUUUUUAAAAUUUUUAAAUUGUGUAUGUAGUGGAUAUUUUUUUGGGAUAAUUGCAUCAAAACUUCCUCAGUUGUUAGUUAGUGAAUAUCAUCUCUUAUCCCUAAUCUAUAAAUUCAUACAUUUUGACUCUUUAACCAUAAAAAUCGUACAAAUGCCCGAUUCUAGGAAGUGAAGGCAAUGUAUUUUUAUAGUUAAAGGAGUUAAAAUGUCUAGAUUCAUAGAUGAUGAGAUAAAGUGAUAUGCACUAAUAAUUUAGGAAGUUUUGAUAUAAUUAACCGUAUUCCUUUCUACCAAAUAUAUCUUUUAAUUGUAAAAUUCUUUUCAUUACCAACAAGUUUGUUGUUGAGGUAAAGAGUGAACUACUUGUAUUAUUUUUAUGCUUUGAGGGAAUAAAGGAGUUUUUAAUCAAAUUUC